AUGACUCUCUCUCGAUUGACUCGCAUCUGUCUCCUCGUGCUCUUUUACUUGUCCUGCCCCGUUAUCGCGGCCUCGCUGUUCAGCUUUGGCGCUGUGAGGAGAGUUACAAAUGAGAACCAGACUCCUCCUAAUGAUCUAUCCGCGCGUCUCGAUAUAGUUUCAUAUUUCGGAUCCAGCUCGCAUGAGGAGGACGCGAUUUUUACCGAAGCAGCGCAAAUCCUAGACUCAAUGGCAUCUUCUCCUUCCUGCAACCGCAUUGCAGCAAUGACACUACUCACAUCUUGCCAGAUUGUGGGCAAUGACAAGGGCAGUGACGCUGAUACACACGAGGUGCUAGAUCUGAUACGAUCCGUCUACGCGGCACGACUUGCAAUCUGCGAGCUUCAAGGCACGGGUGCCGUGAUUCCCUCCGCGUGUGCUCCGGUGACAGUCUCGCCUCCGGCUGCUGGCAAAGGUCGAUUCGGAUUCACAACCAAAUCUGCACCCCCAGACACGUUCAGCGACUCAAUUCCAAAGGAGCUGCUGGAGCCAUGUCUCCAGGCAUUAGAGUCGCGGCCACAGUGGUGGACUUCCUAUAGCAACAGUCGACAGAACGCCAUGGUUAUCUGCCAAGCUACGCGAAUGGAACAAGAGAAGGAAGAGCUGCUGGAUUUGCACCGAUCAAUAGUGAAGAGCAGCGUCAAGCUCAAUACUGGACUGCAGGAAGCUCUGUUGAAUGCGACUGCGCAGGCUGUCCGGAACCAAGAGUUCAUGGAGUCCGCGAAUGCCUUGCAGGCGCAGUUUAUUUCGGACCUUGAAGAGGCGCAAUUGCGCUCCACAGGCACUUUUGCGGACCUGCUGCAGAUUAUCAAAUCGGGUAUCACCACCGUUACUGGUACCGUGUCGACGGCUUUGAACCAUUUGCAAAGCGAAUCUGCAACCCUCGAGAAGAGCAUUCGAAGCACGUCGGAUCAAGCUCAUUUGCUGCAAAGGACUCUUCAAACCGUGAAUGAUGAGGCCCUGGUCAGGUCCAAUGAUGUACUCCGGGCCCAUGAACAAAAUGCCUUAAUCCACAAGAAUCUUGCAAAUUCCCUGAGUCUCUCUCUGGAAUCCCUAACGGAAACAGAUAUGGUCAAACUCUACCGACGCAUUGAAAGUGUUGAUGUCGCUCUGGAAUGGCUAAUCGCCCGAAUGCAUCUGAUUCUUUCACAGGAGAACAAGAUGCUUGAGCGGCUCCAAAAUAUGGAAACAUCUAUGCAGCAAUCCGAGACGACAGCCAGAGAGUUGCAAAAAGUUCAGCUCGUGCAAUCUGAAGCCAUAUUUGCCCAGUCGCAGGCUCAAGAGACCAUCCUGUUCAACGUCAAUUAUUCUAAGACUCUAAUUGACCAAACUGCCAUUACUGCCGCCGAUUUACAAUCCAAGAUCGAAGAAGCAAGCCUCAAAUUUCGCCACACAUCUAGUUUCCUCGGAUUUCUGUGGGGAAUCAGGGACUGCAUUACAGGCACUCUUUGCGUCUUUCUUAUACUGUUACUCAUCUCAGGUAUGAACAAUGGUUUCUUCGAAUUUCUGUUCCAAAUAUGA